ACGACGGAGGAAGAAAAAUUUUCCUCGACUAAUUGCUCGAGCAAGAAGCUUAAACUUUGUACACAGCUUUACUAAUUUGCCGGAGUUCGGUACACCGUGCUUAAAUUAAUGAGCGCGUAUUUUCGGAUUUUCUUGACCUUGGUCCUACGAGGUAUACAACGACUGAAUUUCGGCUGGAUCGAAAAAAUAUUAAAAAGUUAUCCCUCGGCAAUAUACGUAUAUUUGUUUUUUUUUAUUUUGACAAUGAUCAGAUUUUGUACCGAUCAACGGAUUAAUCAAGCUCCUCGCUUGAAAUCGAAAGGACCAACACCAAACGAACUCGUAGUUUUCCAUCAGUUUCCGUGAAAACCUUGUAUAGGUUUGAAAAUUCAGACUUGUUCCCCCCGGUGUCUCCCUUUACGCGCUUUUCUCCAUGUAAUCCAAGAAAUAUCCUCGUUACACGCAAGAUUACACAUAAUGUGGUGUCGAAUAAGCACCUCGCUGCGGUCGUACGCUCCGUACGCCAAUGGACAUAACGAAUCGAUAACGCAAUUGGAUCACCGAAAACAUGCGGGUUCAAAUAACUAUGUGCACAUCGUAUACGCAAAUAUUAUAUCGACUAAAAGCGGGCGUACGGUGCGCACGGUAAAUUCGUCGGAAUUCGAAUCGGUUUUAAACCAUUGGCAGAAAAAUUUACCGUCAUUCGACUUCUCGAUUUUAUGUCAGAGGUGAAUCUUAUUUGAAAGAUGGCUAAUUGGUUCGAUUCAAGAUUCUGGUACAGAAUCACGUUGACUGAUCUAGAAGAAAAAGUACAAUCGCUAUCCUUCGGUGCUCUGCUCUUUUCGCGCGAACAAAACGACGAAUUUCAUAAAUUACAUUCGACCGAUCGAUAUCGGAGUGUUACGGUCCAGGACUUAGGGUCACAACGAUGUUGUUCAACGUUGAUAAAAUCCGACGUAGCGAAUCACGCGAUAUCGAUCGCUCGAGUGAACCGAUCGUAUCGAUCGAGUGGAUUGAUACCGAGUUAAUUACUGCUCUUAUCUAAAUAGCGCGGAGCAAAAAAAAAUGAAGACCAACGGUGUAAAAAAACAGCAGCUGUCACUCUUUGUACAAAUGAUGUGCAAAGGUGUCGAUCCGAACGAUGACGGUAUAAGUAAAACGUCGUGUUAAAAUAAUGAUAUUAUUCGCGUCUAUAUCCCGUAGAGCGAGGGACGUCGCGCGUCUUCGAGGCAAAACGACUGCGUAGGGGUGUCGGGGGUCGGAGCGAGGGUUGGGGUUGAAAGUGGCGGUGGAGGUGGUGGUCCCGGGCCUGACCGAGGAGCAGCAGCAGCGGCAGCAGCGGCAGCGGUGGCAGGAGUCGCGGAACCAGAGCCAUCGUAGAGAGCCAGUAGCGUACGGUCCGCCGUCAGGGUGGCCAGGGUUACCCGACACCCUUAUCGGUCGAUGCGUAGAUUACGCGGAGAUGGUACAAUUGAUAGCGAAGUCGCAGUUCGCGCCGGCGAUGAAAUUAAAUGACGGAAAAUAUACGGACGACGUUGUUAACGCAAUAAAAUAAUUCGACGAUUGUUCGACGCCGAGCGACGUAUUCGUAGAACGCGAGUGUGCUGAUAUCGGUAUGCGAAGCGAUAAAUUCGUCGAGGUACUUUGCGGAACGAUCUGCGGUCACGAAAUCUGCGAGCGUCAACAGGUCUCAUGUGCGGGAUAGAUAUUCGACGAGGAACUUUUCGCAAACGCGAUCGUUGACGGGUUCCAUCGGGAGGUAAAAUUUUAUCGGCUCUUCGAACUCUGGAAUGACGAUAGCGAAUGUCGGCAAACUGUAAUGUUUCUGAUGCCCGCGGUCAAUUGUUGAGAACGUCGAGCGAGAUGCCCGUGUUCGGGAGCACGAGGCUCUUUAUGCAAGCUCACCUCGAGGUCAAGCCCCGAUUUUUGCUUCGCCGCACCGAAGUGUCGCGGGGACGAUUGCCGAAAAUAUUCCGAUAUAUCGAGAUAUCGGAAAAUCGCAACGAUACCUCCGACGAUAUUGAUUGAAUUAGAAAAGCGACCGGCUUUGAAUAAUAUUAUGUAACGCGGGGUAAAAAUAAUAACGCGCUACAACCGCCAUAAUCUCAAUCAAUAUCGCGUGCGUAUAUCAAUAUGGUGUUGUUACUGCAAUUCAUUCCUGCGGGAUUCAUGCACCCUGCGGUUCUAGAAACUAGAUAAAUAAAUGAACGCUCGAUUGAAUAAUUGCAGAGGCUAUAAAGUGCGAGAAAUGUAGGGUACGUAGGAUAAAGUUGCCACGGUGAAUUCCUAUCAUAUAUUACAACACGACCGGACGCACGCGUUGGGCAGGUAUCUCCGACGAGGUCUACGUUGCCGUUGCUGGAAGCGAUAAACGCCAAAUCGAGGGGCAUCGUCGUCGCAUCAACGCCCUUAAAAAUCCGCACCUGUCGCGUAUGCGUCCGUCGGGGCGUCGGAUCGGGGGCGAAAUUUUACUCUAAUUGGAGUACAAAGGCUUAACGAGUCUCGCGAAGGGUCUCGCCCCGAUCCGUCUCGCCUCGAACACGAGGAAAACGAAGGCUUAGAGGGAAGCCCGUCCGGGGCGAAACCGAGCGGAGUGUAAAGGCACGCGGCGUGCGGCGAAGGAGGAAACGGGGAGAAAAGAAGGCGAAAUUUUUUUUGGGCAAGUUCAAACAAGAUGGCGGUCAAUAGCCCGGACUCUUACGGCAAGUCGUCGAAAAGCAUUCGGCACUUACCCCAGCCGCCACCUCAAAGCCCGGCAGCGGGUUCCCAAAAAAGUCCGACGCCCCAUUCGAACCAAAGGUAUUCCGAGUCGAGUGGCGAGUCGGCGACGGGGGACGCGAACAAGGCGCCGACCAGAUCUUGUCGAACACCCAGAGCGUUCGAACUGCCGCCGAAAUACCACGUGGAAAUUCCGAAGACCAACUUUGACUUUUCCCCCGCGUUGACCGGAGACCGGGGUAGUCGGGAAGCCGAGAACACGAACUACUUUCCCGAAAGUCCCAGCACCGGGUCCAGGACCCCCAGAACCCCGAGGACUCCCAGGACCCCGAAAAGCCCGAGUUGCGACGGCAGCGUUUUCAGCUCCCCGGGUUUUCCCGCACCCCCGAACGUCUUCCAGUUCUGCAAUCUCCGUAAGAACUUGAACAAGACCUUCUCGUACCCCCCGAAAAGUCCCGUCUACGCCACACCGAGCUUCGGAAACUCCCCGCAAUCCGGACAUCAGCACAUGAGCUUGGCACACCCGAAGAGUCAAGUAAUCGGACAGGGGAAAAAACGCCCCGAGCCGUUCGACCAUCGGAAAAGUUCCUGCUUCAGUCUGGGACCAAAGAGUCCCAGGAGUCCCCGGAGUCCCAGAAGUCCGCGGAGUCCCAUGUCCCCCACGAUCGUGGCUCCUACCGGGCCGAGCCCGAUAAUGAGUCCCAAGGAACCGAUGCACAACGCCGAGUUCGGGGCGAAGAGUCCGAGGUCACCGGGUCUCGGACAGGCCGUUAAAUUCGACUACGACGUCCCGAAGAGAGGCGGAAACUUCACCUCGGGGCAGUUCAAUCGCAGCCAAGGAUGUCUGGCGGGUAAAGAGAAUUUCGUCGAGGCGAAACCGGGGAAGACCAUGGCCAGGAGGUCCACCAGCGACUUGACCGAUUUCACGGAAGCCGAGACGCAGGUGACGCUCUUGUCCAGUCCGACCGCCCGAAGACGCGGCUCGAUGAAAGCGGGAUUAGCCUACCUGGCGUCGCGACGCGGCUCGAGGGACAGCCAAGCUUCGAAUCUCUCGAACCUGAGCAACGAGGACGUCGGACCUCUCAAUUUCACCGCUCAUCCACGUGGGCGGCAACGGAGGACCUCGAAUUUUCUCGAACUACCAGUACCUGACCACGUUCGUCCGAGGGUCCACAGUUUACCGGAAAAAGCGUACAACCCGAGAGCUUGCGACGACCUCUACAGACUGCGGGCGUUCAGCAUCACCCACAAAGGGGUGGUCAAUCGAGGGGACUCCAUUAUCUCGAGGCGGAGCCGCAGCAACACCUCCGUAAACAGCAGCAGGAACAGCAACGUCUCCAUAUCCGGGGAGAGAUCGCCCUUCGACGGCUCGUGUUGCAGCGCUCAGGGUGGAGCCGCCGAGAGCUCGGAUAGCGAAGUUGAAGAAGUGCCGAAAUACCGGGUCGUACUACUCGGCGAUUCUGGGGUCGGAAAAACCGCACUCGUAUCGCAAUUCAUGACCAGCGAGUACAUGAACACUUACGACGCCAGUUUGGAUGACGAAUUCGGUGAAAAGACGGUAUCCAUUUUACUGGACGGAGAGGAAUCUGAAAUGAUAUUCAUCGAUCAUCCGAACGUGGAGAUGAGCGUGGAGAACUCCCUUUCGACGUACGAGCCCCAUGCCUGCGUGGUGAUAUACUCGAUCGUCUCCCGCGCCAGCUUUCAGGUGGCCGAAGAAAUCCUGAAUUAUCUCUGGCGUGAACACUUCACUCAGGAACACUCGGUAAUAGUCGUUGGAAACAAGGCUGACCUCGCCAGAAGUCGCACAAUCACAGCUAACGAGGGUAAACAGCUGGCGACGUCGAGGGAGUGUAAAUUCAUAGAAACGUCGAGCGGUAUUCAGCACAACGUCGACGAACUCCUCGUGGGAGUCCUCAAGCAAAUUCGACUCCGCGAAUCACGUGACAAGAAGCUUCGCCGUCAGGGUAGCAAAGGAAAAAUGCUCGCCAAAUUACACGCGAGUAAAACGGCCCUUAGUCUAAACCUAGCCCGCGAAAUUCUGAGCAAAAUGUGUAUAAACGACACAAAAAGCAAAAGCUGCGAAAAUCUACACGUCUUAUGAACAGACAUAUAUUAUAUAAUUCGAACCGUGAAGCAGAAAUUAAUUAUUUUUUUUUCCUAUCAAUUAUAAUUCCUCAAAGUUGUGAUCCCCGAACGUUAACUUAAACGUUGUAAUUACACGGGAUGCUUUCGGGAAACGCGCCCCGAGUCCUACGGCUCUGUAUCCUCGGUAUCUAUCAUCCCGUCGUCUAAUAGGAUUAAAUCUCUCGGAGGAUCACGCGAAGAAUUGCGGCCAUCUUUGCUCCUCGAGUUUCUUCUUUUCUUUAUUUAAUGCACAUGUAUAUGUCUUCUCUUUCACCUGAUGGUAUAUUUUUCUUUUUUAUUUUCCCUCUGCAUCGAAUUACGCCGGUGGGCGCACGUAUUUCGUUUCCCCGAGAGUUUCUACCCCUGCUUUUGUAUUCAAACUUUUGCCUCGGGCUAAACCUGCAGAAAGCCUUAAAAAAAUCUUGCACAAGAUACGCCUGUUUAGAAGGUACAGUUGUAGCUCCAGUAAACAUUCGCCGUUCGACCUUUGCUUUCGGUCGCCGAUAUCUUAAGAUGGGCUGGAAGUUUCCCUGGUAAUGUACUUAACUUUGGCAAUAACUAAAAUAAAGUAAACUCCGAUAAGUAUCGGCUGCAGUGAAGUAAGCUGCAACCUCAGA